CACUUUAACCCUCUCUCUCUUGCGCACUCUUUGUCACUCUAACUCUCUUUCUCGCUCUGUCCUCCCUUUCAUUCUCAUUUCCCUUGACUCUCUACUAUAUAAACCACCCAACCGUAGCCUUGUCUCACAAUUCGCUUCAACUUGAAGACAAAGGAUGCUUGUCUCAUUUUUCACCUUGUGCUUCUUUUCAGCAUUUCAAAUGGUGGCAUGUUUCAACAUUGAGUCUACUUCUUGGAGACACAUCAGCCAACCAGCCAAGGGCUUUGGCUACAGAGUGAUCAAGGAUAGUGCAUCACGUCUGCUGGUAAGCGCCCCUCUUGAGCAGCAUAGUGUGGAUAGGAGAGGACAGGUUUACCAAUGCCAGGUCUCAUCCAGCUCCUGUUCACCGCUACGUAUAAGGGUUCCCUCAGAUGGAGUGAAUAUGUCCCUUGGCCUGUCGAUGAGCAAGACUGAGACAUCCCCAAAGACAGUGGUUUGUGGUCCGACUAUCCCUAAAGAGUGUGACAGCAACAAUCUCUAUGGCGGGAUGUGUUUCAGCAUUGGUCCAUCACUUAAACAAGAUGGACCGCUGCCAUCUUCUCUUGAAGAGUGCAAGGUUACAGAUACAGAUAUUGCCUUCUUACUGGAUGGAUCUGGAAGUGUGGAAAAUUACCAGUUCAGUACCAUGAAGAAAUUUGUGAAGAAUCUGAUAAAAAAAACUUCUGAAGCAGAACACCAAAGUAAGCCUGACUCCUUCCUGACCUUACAUAACCUUAUUUAUACCAGUCCAUGUAGAUUUCCACCAGUUUCAGAGAACAGGAUGGGAACAUCAGGUAGACAAUAUCCAGCAAAUGGGUCGAAUAACGAAUACUGCAAAGGGCAUCCAGGAAGUUGUAUGGGCAGUCCCAAGAUUCCAGAAUCAGACCACAUGUUUAAAGUGGACAGCUUUGAGGCACUGGACAAAAUUAGCAAUGCCCUGGAAAAGAGCAUCAUUGCCAUUGAAGGAACCCAAACCACCGGUGACUCCACCCAUAUGGAAUUUGCCCAGAAUGGAUUUAGUGCAGCUCCUGUGUCAAGCCCAGAUGAGAGGUUUCUAGUGAGUGUGAUUGGGGCAAAUGGGUGGAAAGGGGGUUACCAGGACAUCCCUCUGUCCAGCAGGACGCCCAGUUUUAGGAGGGUUCAUGAGGUCACUCCUGACAGCUAUCUGGGCUAUUCGAUGGCUGUAGCAAGCAGAGACAGACAGAACUACAUCGUUAUGGGAGCCCCCAGGUAUAAACACAAGGGGUUGCUCAUGGUCUUCUUUCCUGGAGACGCCCCACAGAUGCUCAAACAGUCUCAGAUCGGUGCUUACUUUGGAGCAGAGGUGUGUGUGGUGGAUUUGGAUGGAGACUCCAACACUGAUCUGAUUCUGGCGUCUGCCCCCAUGCACACAGAAGGAGGGAGAGAGGGGAAAGUGUUUGUCUAUAAACUCACCAAGGAGUAUUUUCACAUGCUGGUGUCUGAAACUGGUGUGUCCCUGCUGGGGAUGGAGGGGCAGAGGGGGAGGUUCGGCACGUCUCUGGCCAGCCUGGCAGACCUGAACGGGGAUGGGAUCAGGGAUGUGGCAGUGGGAGCUCCUCUGGAGGAUAACGGACAGGGCAGCGUGUACAUCUUCAACGGGAGGAGACGAGGAGUGAACCCCAACUACUCACAGAGGAUUGCAGGUUCAUCUGUGCGGUCCGGACUGCAGUUCUUUGGCCUGACUGUGGCCCAGUCUGCUUUGGAUCAGAGUGGAGACGGGCUUCCUGACAUUGCAGUCGGGUCCAAAGGAGCGGUUCUGCUGCUCAGGUCCAGGCCCAUCGUAUCCAUGGUGACCAGAGUGACCUUUACCCCACCCAAAAUCCCCACCUCUAUCUCUGGCUGCACGGAUUUCCAACAGAUCACAGCAUCAGUGUGUUUCAGCAUGACCAAGGCCACUAAUGACAUCUUCAAUGACCUGCAAGCAGAACUCAGCUACACCCUGAAGCUGGAUUACGUCCGGCAACGGACUCGCGCCUACUUCACGGCCAAUGAAAAAGAGAAAAACUUCCAGUCCUCAGUGUCACUACAAGAACACUGUGCCCAGCAUCCUUUCUUUGUGCAGUGCUCACUUGAGGACGCUCUGAGUCCUGUGGACGUCCAGGUGAUCGUCUCCUUUGAGGGGGUUCCUAUACAGACUGCAGACGGCCUGGUACCACAGCUGGCCAGCGCCUCCAGUAAAGUCACAGACCACAAGUUAAAUUUUGAGAUUGACUGUGGAGAAGACAAAGUCUGUGAAGACGACGUACGAGUUGACAUUAACUUUUCUGGGUCCUCCACCAUAGAGGUGGGCAUUGCACAGGAGACGAAUGUGACGGUGAUGGUGGAGAAUAGAGGUGAAAACUCCUACAACACCCGUGUGUCUCUGUCCUACCCCCACGGCCUUUCCUACAGGACCUUCACCAAGACCCAGGGCAGAGUGGAGUGCAGUUCUCUAGACAGUCCAGAUGGAUCCACCCAAGGAAAGACUCACUGCAGCAUCAACAGACCCAUCCUUAGGGCUGGUGAUAAGGUUGUUUUUGUUGUUCAGUAUGGAAUUAAUGGCAACAGUCAAUUUGAUGACAGUCACCAUACAGGCCCAAGUUUCAAGGUCAAUUCUUACUUCUACACCCACAAUAACGGGCACAAUGUGACUACCGCUCAAAGUGUUUUCAGUGACAACGAGAAACACACUCCUGAUAGCGAACUGUCCAAGACUCUGGACAUUGGGGUCAAAUACAGCAUCUAUGUCAUACUGAAAAGAUUUGAUGGCUCGACCAACUACAUUCAUUUUACUGCUGGUAAUAUCGACCUACAAAAGCCAGUGAUGCAGAAUUUGGAGGGGACAAAUGGCCUUAGAGGACUCAAUCUGACGACCAUCAUACAUGUUCCAGUAAAACUCAAAGGCAAAGACAUCUGGACAAAUGUGGACAGCCUAAAUAUCCAGGGAUGCACUAGAGGGGGGGAGAAGAGCCCAAUCAUCACAGACCUGCAGCACACCUUCAAGGACAACAAGGAGCCUGAUGUGAACUGCUCCUUUGCUGUGUGUCUGGAGUUCAGGUGUACGUCAUACAUGACUAGAGACGCCCGCAGAGUUUACACAAUCUCAGGGAACGUGAGCUCAGGAUGGAUCGAACAGACGGGGCUGCGUUCAGCUUCGUUCCAUUUGGUCAGCUCUGCCACGCUGGAGUACGACAACAACAAAUACAUCUUCUACUCCUCCGACUCCUCAUGCCUCGCACCUGUUGCCAGGAUUGAGACUCUUGUGGAGGCCUACGAGGAGCCAAAUCUAACUAAGGAGAUCAUUGGUGGAGUAGUGGGUGGUCUGAUCCUAUUGGCUCUCAUGACAGCUGGCCUCGCCAAGUCGGGCUUCCUUAAGAGUCAGUACCAACAGAAACUAGAGGAGGCAGGAGCACAAGUUGGAGAGGAGCCACCAGAAGCAGAAGCAGAAUAACAGCUGUGUGUGUCUGUGUGUUUGUGUGUUUGUUUGUGUUUCUGUGUCUGU